GGCCUACGCGCGCCGUCCGCCAGCCUCUCUCUGUCGGCGGAUUGUUGUUGUCAUCAAGAUGGAGUUCUUGUUGGGGAAUCCGUACAGCACUCCCGUUGGCCAGUGCAUUGAGAAAGCCACAGAUGGCACCCUGCAGAAUGAAGACUGGACACUCAACAUGGAGAUCUGUGACAUCAUUAAUGAGACCGAGGAAGGGCCUAAAGAUGCCAUGCGCGCGGUGAGAAAGAGACUCAACGGCAACAGGAACUUCCGUGAAGUGAUGCUGGCUCUAACCGUGCUGGAGACUUGCGUGAAAAACUGCGGCCACCGUUUUCACGUCCACGUCGCCAAUAGAGAUUUCAUCGAAGGAGUCCUGGUGAAGAUCAUCACUCCGAAGACCAACCCUCCUGCUAUAGUACAGGACAAAGUGCUGUCACUGAUUCAGGCUUGGGCAGAUGCAUUCAGGAGCAGCCCAGACCUCACUGGAGUCGUGCACAUUUACGAGGAGCUGAAGAGGAAAGGAGUUGAGUUCCCCAUGGCAGACCUGGAUGCUCUGUCACCCAUCCACACACCACAGCGGGGAGUCCCAGAGGUAGAUCCAGGCACACACAAGUACAGAGCAUCUGCUCAGCCCAGCACAGCAUCUCAACCGGGCCCUAAACCUGCAGCUGCUGCAACAGCUGACUUCAACCCCACCCAGGUCCCACCUGUAUCGGGACCCAUCACAGCAAACCCAGAGCAGAUCGCAAGGCUGAGAAGUGAGCUGGACAUUGUGCGUGGGAAUAUUAAAGUAAUGUCAGAGAUGCUGACAGAAAUGGUGCCAGGCCAAGAAGACGCCUCUGAUCUCGAACUACUCCAGGAGCUGAACAGGACGUGUCGAGCCAUGCAGCACAGGGUAGUGGAACUCAUCUCUCGCGUGUCUAACGAAGAGAUCACCGAAGAGUUGCUACACAUCAACGAUGAUUUAAACAACAUCUUCCUGCGCUUCGAGAGGUAUGAGAGAUACAGAGUAGGCAGAGCUGCACAAAACAACGGGGUCCUGAAUGAGGCUUCAGAGGAGGAUAAUCUAAUAGAUUUGGGCCCUGCUUCUCCAGCAGUGGUCACUCCUCGGGUCAGCACUACACCCACUCGUACACCCACAUCCACCCCGCAGCCUCCUACUCCUGCUGCUGCUCCUCCUGCUGCUGCUCCUCCUGCUGCUGCUCCUCCUGCUGCUGUUGCUGCAUCUCUCUCCACACAGCUGGCAGGACUUGAUGUGGGUGCAGACAGCGUCAGCGGCACUCUCAGCUCUCUAACCGCUCACAACCCUCAGGACGACUUUGACAUGUUCGCCCACACCAGGUCCAGCUCUCUGGCUGACCAGCGCAAAAACGUUAAAUACGAGGAACCUCAGGCUCUGGUGGGCCUGGCGUCUGCUUUAGACAUCAGACAGCAAAAUGCGACUGGGCCGAAUGUAAAAGGUCCUAACGCUGAGUUGGAGCCCAUAGACAGCUGGCUCAUUACCCAAGGAAUGAUCCCCGUAUCGCAGUCCUCUGUCAUGGAUGACAUUGAGGAGUGGCUCUGUGCUGAUGUGAAGGGUGAAGAGGCCGAGGAAGGAGUCACGAGUGAAGAGUUCGACAAGUUCUUAGAGGAGCGGGCCAAAGUCGCAGACCAGGCUUCACCGCUGGCCCCCGGCGGAGAGCCCAGACCUCCAGUGAGCGCGUCUAGCAGCAACCGCAGGAGGACACAGCAGACGGAGGACAAUCUCUUUGCCUUGUAGAACAGUGACGGGACAGAUGCUCUCGCUGGUGACCGCAACCACAGCACUCCACCUGCUCCUUUACAAACCUACUGAUGUUAUAUGGCAGCAAGACCCCUGUCUAAUAUCCCCGGCUGAUAGAGCACUGUGAGAAUCCAGCUUCGUAACCGCAGACUUUGAGCUGAACGGCGCAGUCAAGCACACAUGUAGCCAAAAUGAUUCUCUUUAGAGAGCUCGCUUCUUUCAUUCUUGUCAAAUAAUAGUCGAAUAGAGCUGAUUGGUUUUGUAUUUAUCAUUCAUUAAUGAACUAACGCUCUUGAAAGUUUGUCAUUCCAUGAGGUGAGGUAUUCAUGUGGGUCAGUUCUUCUGAGUCAGCUAUGGAUUGUGACUCAAUCUGUCUCUGUGGUAAAUAGAGCAGGAAAAUAUUAGAUCUUAAUCAGGCGUAGGAGCGCAGAGACAGUGGGCCGUCGCUCAUGAUUGGCUGUCAUGUUUAUGAGGCUCUGGUGAAGAAAAGUGGCUAUAUUCUCGUAAUCAUCAUGUGCGGAUUACCAAAGACAGAAGAAUAAACGUGUUUCCCAUCGAUAAAAUAUGUUGACUCUUUCCAAAGAGUUGAGGUUUACUGAGCCAUUGUGGUUUUACGGUUUUAAAGGCACUGUUUGAGGGCAUUUUAAAGCGUAGAUCAGAUGUCUGCAUAUGCAAUUUAUUGAUCCAAAAAUACGAAACAUUUGCUUUGAAAAAAUGUAUCCUAAUUUUGGUUAUGAUGUAGGAUUUACUGGAACAGGCUCAUUUAAAAACAAAUGUCAUAUUUCAUCCCAAAAUCAAAAGAAAUAUUUUGAUUUCUGCAACACUGUUUUCAACAUUGAUAAUAAUAAUAAUAAUAAUAAUAAAUAUUUUCAGCCGUUUUCAAAACUGUGUUCAACAUUGCCAAUAAUAAUAAUAAUAUUAAUAAAUAUUUUCAACUGUUUUCAAAACAGUUUUCAACAUUAAUAAUAAUAAUAAUAAUAAUAAUAAAUAGUUUCAACCGUUUUCAAAACUGUUUUCAACAUUAAUAAUAAUAAUAAUAAAUAUUUUCAGCCAUUUUCAAAACUGUUUUCAACAUUGACAACAAUAAUAAUAAUAAAUAUUUUUAUUUUAAUAAAUGUUUUUUAUAUUUAAAAAAAUAUUUAUUAUUAUCAUCAAUGUUGAAAACUGUUUUGUAGAAACUGUGGUUAUUAUUAUUAUUUUUUUAUUUCUUGAGCAGCAAAUCAGCAUAAUUUCUGAAGAAAUUAAUUACAUUUUGAAAUAUAAUUCAAAUAGAAAGUACUGUUUUAUUGUAUUUUUGAUCAAAUAAAUGUGGACUUUUGAGUGUAAGAGAGACCUCUAUCAAAAACAUUAAAAAUAAUUUAAAAAAUGAAUCAAACCCCAAAGUCAUACUGUUAAAAAUGUUUAUACCACCAGAAUAUUUACACUUUUCAGAGCAAUUAACCCACAAAAAAUUAUUUAUAAUUUACUCGUAAUUAACUUCUAGCUUACCUACAGACUCUAUAUAUUUAAAAUUUGGCUUCAUUUGCAUGAUACAAUAUAUCAUUUCUGAAAUUUCUUUUGUUUUUGGGGUAUAUGAAAUAUGACAUACAUUUCUUCAUAAAAUUUGCCCCCUUACUGCAUCUUUAUGUCAGAUUCCUACUUAAGGAUUGAUUUCAGUCAGCAAAAGUGAAUUUAGGAAAUGAAUGGAUAUUUUGCUUUGUCCUAAUUCUUGCUAGACCUAACCAAGAAUUAUAUUAGCCUAAUGGCGUUUGUAAAAUAUGUAUCCAUACGUAUUCAAAAAUGUGUAUAUACAAUAGAAAAUUGUUGUAUAGUACUUAAAGUUUGUAUUAACUUUGGUGUAAAAAAUAUAAAUGUUUAAUUGCGUCCCCCUUUUUUGUUUUGUCAUGAAAGAUUUUAUGCCAUGUGAUUUCAGGGCUUUGCAGGAUCGCCAGUGGUUUUCAUUCCAGUCCGUUUACAGUCACUAGCAGCUCUUCAUUUGAAAUGUUGCACUGCUAUCUUCCCAACAACAUGAGGAAGAUCUUCACUUCAGUCUUAUAUGAAUAUCAAGUAACUGCAGCUAGAUCAAGCAUGAUGCAUUUUAAACUCGACAACCUCAAUAGUUAAGCGUCUAAUGAUGGGAAGGGCUUAAAUUUCGUUGCCAGUUAUACUAACAAACCUCCAUCACUCCCCCUAAAUCAGCAGUUAAACGUGUAAAACACUGGAGGGCCGUAUGCUUUACUUGAAAUUAAGGCACAAGUCACUGUGGUUAUGAUCGAAAUGAAAUUGCAGCAUGUUCAGAAAUCAAUAAUGGCCUGAUUUCUUAGCCAAGGCUGUUUGAAAGAUAGCUAUUUGUUAUGCCAUAAUGUAAUAACAAACAGAUUACUGUUAAUCUUAAAAAACUGCAAUAUCUAUUUUUGUUUGCCUUCUAAUUACUCGUAAGAAGGAAAGUGUAUUACCUGUUAGUAAUAUCUGGCUUGUUCUAAAGAGCUCUGCUUUCAUCCGGUGGCAGUCAUUAUUUGGAUUAACUGCUUUAAUGAAUGUUGCCAUGUGAUAUUAAAAGUCUUAACGAUUUUGAUUAUUUAUCUCAUAAUGUCUUAAAUGUGUUUUAGAAUAAUGAAAUGUAAUAAAUUUUCCUAUUGUCAGAUUGUUUAAUCAAACUAUUUUAUUAAAGUGAUUAAUUUGCUUAAUGCAAACAUUUUCCUGUGUGAUUCAUUUUAACAAGCUCAAAAAGUAUUCUGUUAUAUCUAGUUUUUAUAAGGUUAGCUUUUUUGUCUUUCUUUUUUUUAAUUUCUCAACUCAUUGUAUUCAAUCUUUACCAUGUGUGCAAACUUUUUGUCUUCGAGUUUUGUCUAAAACUUCAUUGGAUGCUUUUUAUGUGAUCAAACUACAUUUUUAAAGUACUGAGUGGGGAUGCAGUUGCCAGAUUAAGUUGUGAAAAUUAAAUUUAUGACUUUAUUAUUUUAUUGUGAUGCAUAACUACAUUUUAAAACAUUAAUUAAAGAGUUUUAAAUCUCUA